AUGCCCUCAAUCUCGGUUAAUCAAACAAAUCUUGAUAUUCCAAACAAUAUAGUCUUGGCUGAUCCUAAAUUCUAUAAUCCAUCAGAAAUUGAGGUGCUUAUUAGCGUUAAAUUGUUUUACAAGCCUUUAUGUGUAGGACAAAUCUCGGUAAAAAAUCAUCCUGAGAUUGUGUUGCAAAAAACUCAACGCGGUUGGAUUGUAGCUGGAGAAAUAAAAGGUUCUUCUUCAGGAAAUGCUAUUCAAUGCCAUUUCACAACGCAUUCAACUCCUUUAGAUGCAAAUCUUACCAAAUUUUGGGAAUUAGAGGACAUUCCUUCAGUUAAAAUAUUAUCCCAGGAGGAGCAGGCGUGUGAGGCUCACUUUAAAAGGAAUACACAACGCAAUUUUGAAGGCCGUUAUAUCGUUAGACUGUCCUUCAAUGAAAACAAAGAAAACCUAGGAGAAUCUCGUUCUAUGGCUCUUCGUCGUUUUCACUGUCUAGAGAAACGUUUCGACAAAAAUCCCCAACUAAAGGUGGAAUACUGCCAUUUUUUAGACGUAUAUAAGGAACUAAAUCACCUAUCAUUAUUAGAAAACAGAACCCUCACGAUGCCGGGCUUUUAUCUCCCCCACCACGCGGUAAUCAGGGAAGAUAGCAUUACCACAAAAAUUCGCGUCGUCUUCGAUGGUUCGGCAAAGACUUCGUCGGGCGUGUCUUUGAACAAUGCAUUGAUGGUCGGUCCCACAAUUCAGGACGAUUUAUUCACUCUUUUAAUUCGAUUUCGAUCUCGCAGAUACGCCUUUACCGCCGACAUAGAAAAAAUGUAUAGGGAGAUACGAGUGCAUCCAGACGACGCUUCUUAUCAAAGAAUUUUAUGUCGGAAAAAUCCAGAUGAGGUUGUAAAUGAAUUCUCUCUUAACACCGUUACCUACGGCACCUCUUGUGCCCCUUUUCUCGCCAUUCGCAGCCUUCAUCAGCUCGCUGAUGACGAAGGAGCUCAGCAUCCCGUUGCAGCCUCCGUGUUAAAGCGAGACUUUUACGUAGAUGAUUUGCUAACAGGUGCAAAUACGCGCCAAGAAGCCGCAUUCCUUCGCGACGACUUAAUAGCACUCUUGCAAAAGGUCGGGUUUUCCAUUCGAAAAUGGUCCUCCAACGACCCUUCAGUGGUGCCCGGAACCUCGGAGAAUUCAUCCAGUACACAUAUGUCCCUGGAUCCACACGCCACGGUCAAAACGUUAGGUAUUCAUUGGAAUUCUCAUGAGGACAUAAUAUUUUAUAAAGUCAAUUCAUCGGAUUCGUUCAAAACCGUGACCAAACGGUCAAUCCUGUCGCAAGUCGCAAAAUUAUUUGAUCCUCUAGGACUACUUGGUCCAGUUAUCGUUAAGGCAAAAAUAAUGAUUCAGCUUCUGUGGAAAGCUGGAGUUUCGUGGGAUGAAUCAGUUCCAGUAGAUAUCCACACUAUGUGGCUAGAAUUCAAAGAACAACUACCACUUUUGACCAAAGUCAGCUUUAAUCGACUCACUAUUGCAUCUAAUUUUGUCAAGGUGCAAAUGCAUGGCUUCUGUGAUGCAAGUGAGAAGGCAUAUGGAGCUUGCAUUUACAUGCGUUCAACCGACAUCCAUGGUAACAAUCAUGUUUCCCUAGUUUGUUCAAAAUCAAGAGUCGCGCCUGUAAAAUCGUUGACGUUGCCACGAUUAGAGCUAUGCGCUGCCCUUCUAUUGGCACGUUUGUAUACAACAACCAAAUUAGCUCUUCAACUUGAAAUUAAUAAGGUCUACUUGUGGUCAGAUUCCACCAUAACCCUCCAUUGGAUAAAGACCGAACCUCAUUUAUUAAAAGUUUUCGUCUCCAAUCGAAUCGCGGAAAUUCAAAAUUUAUCAGAAUCUUGCGAAUGGCGACACGUGCCUACGCAAGACAAUCCCGCAGAUUUAGUAUCGAGAGGUCAAAUGCCUCAGGAAUUUCUAGAUACGAGGAUCUGGGAAAAUGGUCCGCAUUGGCUCUCCCACGAAGAAAACCUCUGGCCUCAAAAGAAAAUUUACCUGGGUGAAAUCCCAGAAAAACGUGCAAUUAUUGCCUCUCCAGUUUGCGCGAACGCAACGGUAAUUGACGAGAAUUUUGUAAAAGGUUACAGUUCAUUCAAAACCCUUAAACGGGUGAUUGCGUAUGUUAUGCGUUUCAUACAUAAUCUAAGAAAUAAGUCGCAAAAACAUACUGGUCCUCUCAGUGCGACAGAAUUUGAAGAUUCUGGUCGAAUUAUAAUUUUAAUUACACAAUCGUCAGCCUUUGCAAAAGAGAUUCAGUCUCUAAAAAUCGACGGUCAG